AUGCCUUGUAUGUUGUGGCACCACGCCCGAUACCUGCACCCCACUGUCUCACAGGUUCCUGCGUUCGUUUUCGUCAUCAUCGUGCUGUAG